GCCUUCAGGGGCGGAGGAGGCGGCGGCGGCAGCGGAGAGAGCGGGAGGAGGGAGGGAAGGCUGGAAGAGGGCAACCGCAGGCCGGGCCAAGUGGUUGGAUCCGGUGCUGGCUGCUCUGCGCCGCUCUCGGUUCCGACGGCCUCUCUCGUGCUGAGGGCGCCCGGCUGGGCCGGGCCAGUGGCCGGAGGGGAGGCUCCUCUCCAUGGUCCAGAAGACCAGCAUGUCCCGGAGCCCUUACCCACCCUCCCAGGAGAUUCCCAUGGAGGUCUUCGACCCCAGCCCACAGUUUUGGGUCUCCCAAGAGCUAAGAGCUGCCUGCCACUCCCCUCCCCACUCUGCAAAGAAGGAAAUCGGCAAAUACAGCAAGAGGAAAGGGCGGUUCAAAAGGUCGGAUGGGAGCACCUCCUCAGAUACAACAUCCAACAGCUUUGUCCGCCAGGGUUCAGCGGAGUCCUAUACCAGCCGUCCAUCGGACUCUGACGUGUCUCUGGAGGAGGACCGGGAAGCCUUAAGGAAGGAGGCAGAGCGCCAGGCAUUAGCCCAGCUCGAGAAAGCCAAGACCAAGCCAGUGGCAUUUGCUGUGCGGACAAAUGUCGGCUACAACCCGUCUCCAGGGGAUGAGGUACCUGUGCAUGGAGUGGCCAUCACCUUCGAGCCCAAGGACUUCCUGCACAUCAAAGAGAAAUACAAUAAUGACUGGUGGAUCGGGCGACUGGUGAAGGAGGGCUGUGAGGUUGGCUUCAUCCCCAGCCCUGUCAAACUGGACAGCCUGCGUCUGCUGCAGGAACAGAAGCUGCGCCAGAACCGCCUCAGCUCCAGCAAAUCAGGUGACAACUCCAGCUCCAGUCUGGGAGAUGUGGUGACUGGCACCCGCCGCCCCACGCCCCCUGCCAGUGGUAAUGAAAUGACUAACUUAGCAUUUGAACUAGACCCCCUAGAGUUAGAAGAUGAGGAGGCAGAGCUCGGGGAGCACUGCGGCUCUGCCAAGACUAGUGUUAGCAGUGUCACCACCCCGCCACCCCAUGGCAAACGCAUCCCCUUCUUCAAGAAGACAGAGCAUGUGCCCCCCUAUGACGUGGUACCUUCCAUGAGGCCCAUCAUCCUGGUAGGACCAUCGCUCAAGGGCUAUGAGGUUACAGACAUGAUGCAGAAAGCUUUAUUUGACUUCUUGAAGCAUCGGUUUGAUGGCAGGAUCUCCAUCACUCGUGUGACAGCAGACAUUUCCCUGGCUAAACGCUCAGUCCUCAACAACCCCAGCAAACACAUCAUCAUUGAGCGCUCUAACACACGCUCCAGCCUGGCUGAGGUUCAGAGCGAGAUUGAGCGAAUCUUCGAGCUGGCCCGGACCCUUCAGUUGGUUGCUCUGGACGCCGACACCAUCAACCACCCGGCCCAGCUCUCCAAGACCUCACUGGCCCCCAUCAUUGUUUACAUCAAGAUCACUUCUCCCAAGGUACUUCAGAGGCUCAUCAAGUCUCGAGGGAAGUCUCAGUCCAAACACCUCAAUGUCCAAAUAGCAGCCUCGGAGAAGCUGGCGCAGUGUCCCCCCGAAAUGUUUGACAUCAUCCUGGACGAGAACCAAUUGGAGGAUGCCUGCGAGCACUUGGCAGAAUACUUGGAAGCCUAUUGGAAGGCCACCCACCCGCCCAGCAGCACUCCACCCAAUCCACUGCUGAACCGUACCAUGGCUACUGCAGCCCUGGCUGCCAGCCCUGCCCCUGUCUCCAACCUCCAGGGACCCUACCUUGCUUCUGGGGACCAGUCGCUGGAACGGGCCACCGGGGAGCACGCCAGUGUGCACGAAUACCCCGGGGAGCUGGGCCAGCCGCCAGGCCUUUAUCCCAGCAGCCACCCACCAGGCCGGGUGGGCACCGUGCGGGCACUGUCCCGCCAAGACACAUUUGAUGCUGACGCCUCUGGCAACCGAAACUCUGCCUACACGGAGCUGGGAGACUCGUGUGUGGACAUGGAGACCGAUCCCUCAGAGGGGCCAGGGCUUGGAGACCCUGCUGGGGGCAGCACCCCACCGGCCCGGCAGGGAUCCUGGGAGGAUGAGGAAGAAGACUAUGAAGAGGAGGUGACUGACAACCGGAACCGCGGCCGGAAUAAGGCCCGCUACUGCACGGAGGGCGGGGGUCCAGUGCUGGGGCGGAACAAGAACGAGCUGGAGGGCUGGGGGCGGGGUGUGUACAUCCGCUGAGAGGCAGGGGCCACACAGUGGGAGGAAAGGCUCAGCCCAAAGGAGGGGCGGGACAGCGGGCUCACCUCCGGGGAUGUGUCUUGCCUCCAGGGGGCGCUGUCUCCCUCCUUUCAGAUGCCUUUGCUCAAUGUUUGGGGUUUCUUGGGUGGUAGCAUUCCCAGUUCCUGGGAGUCCUUAAGCCCCAGUUGUAGGUUUUUAUCUACCUGCUGUGGAUGGAUGGGGGAUGCCCACCUUUCUGCAGUGUCCCCUUUCCCCCACCUAAGGGGGCUCUCUCCCAGAGAAAAGGUGCACUUCCUUAACUCUUUCUACUUGGGGCUCUAAUUAAGGGUCCUAAAUGGGUGACCCUUUUUCCCACCUGGAGUAUUUAGGAACGGUAGGGGGCUUUUCCUGGAGAGGGAGACCCCAGACUUUCCCAUGGGGAUUCUCUUCCCCCAAACCCCAGAUCCAGGGUCCCUCACCAUGACCAGCCCUUCCCCCAGCGUUCUGACAGCAUUGUCUGGUAGAAGAAAGCUACAGGGUGGAAGCCCCUUGGGGAGGGGUCUAGAUAGAAACUGGCAGGCCUCAGAUGUAGGGCCAUCUGCUUGCCCAGGACCUAACACUGAGGAAUGGACAACCCAAGACGCUGCUACCCACCCCACCACCUCCAUGCCCCAGCCUUUGCCUGCUCCAGGAAUGAGCUUUGCCUACAACAUCCCUUGCCUGCUGCCAUCCGAGGAGGGGCCCUCUGUGUCUGAGCCCCCUGUCCCUGUGUCACCUGGGUGUGGAGCCCAUGGAACGCUCUGGUCCGCCUCAUUUUGAAACCAAAAACUGCUCAUUCAUUCUCACCCUGAGGCCCCAGGAGAGAGGCCCUAUGGGUUGGUGCCCAAGAAAUGAUCACCACCCCAAGGGGUUGCCUCGGGACCACGGAUCUCCCUGGGGGGCUUGGCUGCUGCUGCUGCUCUAUAUUUGCCUCUUGUGAUCCUGUCCUUGAUCCACGUCCACUCCACUCCCCCCAGAAGCCUUCGUACCCCCUCUGCUCUGGAGUGCCCCUCUGCCUAGCAUCUCCAUAGCCCAGCAGCCCUGCCCCUCCCCAGCAUCUCAGCUGGGCCAGAGAGAGCCGAUUGUGCCAACGAGGACUGGGCCUUGCCUGGAUGCCCACCUCAGGGAUGGGCACCUCAUGCCUGUCUCACCACCUCCUGUGCCAAUGUUGUCUCACCCCCCACCUGGGGGUGGGGUGCAGCUUCCACUUACCGGUUAGAAGAGACCACUGCCCAACCUUUCCCCCUCCCUGUCUGGUGUCCUGUGCCCCAUCUGUCUGUCUGUUCGUCUGUAACCUCCUAGGAGAAGUAUUUUGCCACAUAUAAAACCGCCACCCUGUCCUUUGA